AUGGAGAACAGGACGACUACGACAACAUCGCCUCCAACCUGGCGCCAUCCGCCAGGCGCGCUGACUCUGGCCGAGGCUCUCGCUGCGAAGAGCCAUAUUGAGGCUCUCAAUGGUGAGAUCGCGGGUAGGAGGCCGAUUUUUGAGGCAGAUGAUGCGGGGACGACCGGUUCGACAACUGCCGAAUCUGAUGAUCCCCGCACAAGAGAUUAUUUCAAGUUGCGACAAAGUAUCGUGACAUGCGAAAAGACACUAGACUUUGACCACCCGUGUCGGAGAGGGGCGACACCAGAUGAGCGGCGCGCCGACGCUAUCAUCCAGGAGUUGAAGCGCAGGGACGAGGCAAAUAUCUACGAAAAGGCGCCUUCACGGGCGGGCUAUAGGGGACAGCUACACCCUCGGUUCCCCGGAGAUCACUUCUUAUCAAACAAGAGCCUCAUCGACCAGACGGACCUGUUCGCCGUCGCACGGCGCAUGCCCAAGGGCAGCCAUUUACACAUCCACUUCAACGCCUGCUUGGCUCCUCAUGUUCUGUUGAACAUUGCAAAGGAUAUGGAGCGCAUGUUUAUCACAAGCGAUUUGCCCCUGGUCUCCGACAAUGACUGCUCAAACUUUGAUCGCUGCGAGAUCCAGUUCUCCCUCCUAAGCCCCGAGAAGGAGACUCCUGGGGACUUGUUUAGCACUACAUACAAACCUAGGCAGACCAUGAGGUUUAGCAGAUUCCUCCAGAUGUUUCCCCAAAUAUAUACAAAAGGAGCGACUGCCGACGAGUGGUUACUGGAGAAGCUCAUGUUCCAUGAGGAAGAGGCGCAUAACUCCCUACAGACGGCAUGCGGGGCCUGGGAAAAGUUCAAUGGACGAACAAGGAUGAUGAAGGGUCUCUUCAACUACGAGACAGCAUAUCGACGAUACACACGGCUCUGCCUCGAGGACUUUAUGAAAGACAACAUCACCUAUGCUGAAAUCCGACCGAAUUUCAUGACGAGCAAUCAGCUUUGGACCGACGAUGGUACCAAGCUUAUUGACAAUAAGGGUAUUAUGGAGCUCAUCAUCAGCGAGGUGAAUAGCUUCCAGGCCGACAUGAAGGCACAAGGCAGGUUCUUUGGCGGGCUCAAGGUUAUUUACUGUACUCCUCGAUCAUUUCCACCGGAGAAGAUCGAGGCUGCUCUUACUGAAUGCCUCGAGUUCAAGAAGGUCUGGCCGGAGUGGAUCGCAGGUUUCGAUCUUGUCGGCGAAGAGGCCAAGGGACGGCCCAUCAAGGACUUUAUCCCCGAGCUCCUCAAGUUCCAGGAGAACUGCGAGACUGCUAAAGUAGAAAUCCCUUUCCUGUUUCAUUGCGGUGAGACCUUGGAUAUGGGGUCUGAUACAGACGGCAACUUGAUCGAUGCCCUGCUUCUCAAGUCUAAGCGUAUCGGGCAUGGCUUCGCGCUCGCAAAGCACCCAUACGUGAUGCAACUCAUGAAGGAGCGCGGCAUCUGUCUCGAACUGUGCCCCAUCUCCAACGAGAUCUUGGGCCUUACACCCCGUGUCAGCGGGCAUACUAUGUAUCAGCUCUUGGCCAACAAUGUCAACUGCACAGUCAGCUCUGACAAUGGAACGCUGUUCCGAUCCUCCCUAUCGCACGACUUCUAUCAGGUCAUGGUCGGCAAGGCGGACAUGGGGCUCUUCGGAUGGAAGCAGCUUGUGCUGUGGAGUCUUAAGCACGCCUGUCUCGAUCAGUCAGAAUACGCCCGUGUAUACGCUCACUGGGAGACAGAGUGGAAGGAGUUUGACACCAAGGCUGAGUAA